CCCGAAUGACCUCUCACUAGCAUUGUGACUGCGCUGGCGCUGAUGGCUGACAGAUGCACAGCAGGCCGCUCGACGUGCACCGGCACGCCACCGUCGACCAGCCGCGCUACUGUACCGUACAGGAUGAGCGAUCUCACAGCAAGAAUGCUCUGCUAGCGAUAAAGGUGCGCUGGUGCACCAUCGACCGGGCCUCCGCAGCACAACUGGACUGUCAGUCAACUGCACCCUUAGGUAGUGCGGUCUGCCUGAAUGCAUGCUGCGUCUUGUUCUCGCAGCUCCGAGUCAGGAGUGUGAGGCAGAAGGGCUUCAGCAGGUAGAUGUUGUCGAGACUGACUGUCCAAAGAUGCACAAAGCGCCGAUGACUGCUGUAUCUGAGCCUCAGAAGCGCAUUCGCAGAAGCGGAUCACUGACCUUGCUCACUUCCAGUCUCUGUCUCCACCACUCCUCCGUCAGCCGGCUCGAGAAUCACUUGCUCUUCAUCUACUUCCGCAGUGCAGUGCCUCUUCUCACAACCCCUUACCAUCUCAUCUGAGCGUUCUGCACGCUCGCGACAGGCCAAACCAUCAUUUUCAAGAGCGAAAGAGCGAUUACCGGCCCACCAAAGAUACGCGCUGCUGCUGCCGCUCGAUCCGCACAGCAU